UACGUGCAAACGGAGAAAUUGUUCGUUUAGGAAUAAAAACAAAUGGCACUUCCUAGAUAAUUGUUAUUAUGACGAGAUAUUAUCAGUCGUCAAAAUUUUUUUGUUUAAAAAUGAAAGAGAAAUAGAUUUCCCACUUACGAAUUAUCAUUUACCAACAAAUUAUUUAUGGCUGAAAUAAAUUGGUACAAGUUUAAUGGAAAAUGUUCAGAUGGAAUAUAUGCCAUGGACGAGAAGAGAAUACCUCUGUAUUCUUUAGCUGAUGUGCAGCUACGUUUCCUGUGCCCUGAUGACUUAGACGAAGUGAGAGCGUUGUGCCAAGACUGGUUUCCCAUUGAAUAUCCUUUCUACUGGUACGAAGAAAUUACGUCUAGCACUAGUAGAUUCUAUUCCCUGGCCGCCGUUUACGGCCACCAAAUUAUCGGACUGAUUGUGGCUGAAAUAAAGCCUCACGCCAAUUUAAACGAGGAAGAUACGGGGAUACUGGCGAAGUCGUUCACCGACGCCGACGUAGCGUACAUCUUAUCGCUGGGGGUAUUAAAGCAGUACCGCAGGAACGGGAUAGCCUCGUUACUGUUGGAUUCGCUCCUCAGGCACCUCACCACCCCCGAGAGGAAAAAAGUCAAGGCCGUCUUUUUACACGUGCUCACAACGAACUCCGCCGCCAUUAUAUUUUAUGAGCAAAAAAAAUUCAGGCUGCACAGUUUUCUGCCUUACUAUUAUUCCAUAAAAGGGAAGUGUAAAGACGGGUUUAUGUACGUUUUGUAUAUAAACGGGGGCCAUCCACCUUGGACAAUAUACGAUUACAUAAAGUUUAUGUGUGGUCGAGUCUUCAACGGAGCCGGACUGUUCCCCUGGGUGAUUUUUAACAUGAACAAAGCCAUACAGUGGGUAUGGAGAGACAAAUCGAAUCAACAGCAUACCGAUCAAUAAAUUAGACUAGUCCCUUGUUAGUAAUCCGUUCUACCGUUGUCUGACGGCGAGGAAUAAUAUUACACACUGUACAUAUAACUUAUGCAAAAUAUUAUUUAUCUUAUCCGUAGAAUAAUUUAUAUAGAACGUAUUUUGUUUGAUUCAUGGAUUGGUAGGUACCUGUAUUAGUUCAAUUGUACUUUUUUUUUAUUAAUAAAUCAAUUUUUGACUCA